AUGUGUAGAAGGUUUGAAGACGGACUUAAUGAAGACAUAAGACUGUUAGUGGGUAUUCUUGAGCUGAAGGAAUUUGUUGUGAUUGUUGAUCGGGCCUGUAAAGCUGAAGAGCUGACCAAGGAAAGGAGAAGAGCCGAAGCUAAGGCUAGAGAUAUAAGGAAGAGGCCGAUGAGUAGGCAUUCAUACAGAAACCAUAAGAAGCAAAAUUCGGGUUUUAGAUCUCAGGCUACCUUUGUGGCUAGUGUGGGUAAUGAUAGAGCUCCCAAACCCGAGUGCCAACAGUGUGGUAGAGGUCAUUUUGGUAAGCGUAGGGUGAGCGAUGGAGCUUGUUUCCAAUAUGGUUCUCAAGACCACUAUAUCAAAGACUGUCCUGAGAUGGCUGGGAAAGAAAAAUUUCAGAGUACAAGGCCGGGUAGUACGGCUACAAAGGGAAGACCUUCAAGAAACACCAGUAAUGGGGCUAGUAGUAAGAAUGUGACAAGAGAUACUACGGUGAGAUAUGAGGCUAGAGCUUCGGCUAGGGCCAAUGCUAUACCUGUGCGUGAGGACGCAUCUUCUCCCGAUGUGAUUACGGAAAUGUAUGAGAAAGGGAUGUGA